AUGGCUCCGGCCGUCGUCAACGGCCUGGCACACCAAGCCCGCUCUUUCAUCACGAGCAGACGACUCUCGAGCCUCCCGGACACAGCAGACAUCACGGCCCGAUCAUUCGACGCCUCUGUUGGUCCCCUCGCCGCUCGAUCCCUCUUGCUUGCCCGCGAUAGCACCGGGUACAAGGAGGAUCCCCACGUCGGCGUCACCGACCCGGGCAAUAUCAACAACACGGCCAUUUUUGUGCUGUUUGGCCUGAUCGGCGCCGCCUUCGUCAUCACCGGUAUUUGGUUCUUCUUCUGGGCCAAAAAUGGCGGCUUCUUUUUCAAGGAGAACGACUGGGACGACUACAAGACGACGGUAUUGCGUCGCAGAGGACCAAACGGCACCCUACUGUCUGGUGCCACGAAAUCUACAAAACUCGGAGGCGGCAGCGUUUACAAGGAUUACGACGACAACCAGACGAGCAUCUCGGGAACCACUCUGUCGGGCAUCACAGCGGGACCGAGCGAUAUUGGCGCCCGCGAGAAGCGCGAGCGCAAGAAGGAGAAGAGACGCAGAGAUAAGGAGACCCGCCACAAGGAGAAGCACUCGUCUAAGAACAACGAUGAGGCCGGCGUCCUCAUCGACGAGGAGGCCGAACGCGAGGCCAAGAAGCACCUCCGCUCGUACCGCCACGAGAAGCCCGCCCGCGUCGGCGGCUUGAACAAGGAAUCCGAGGCGUCCGAAUGGGACGGCUCCACCAACCCGACCGAAUCGUCCGUCUCCGCCAGCCUGCUCUCGGGCCGCGAGACCACGCCGACGUCGACGCCCACCAAGAAGAACGGCGGCAUUCGCAAGGUGUACAGCACGGCGGACCGCAACGAGGAGCGCGAGCGCCAACGCAUCCGCGCCGAGGCCAAGAAACUGCAGGAGCGGGGCCGGGCCGCGGGGAGCUCGAGGCGAGAUUUCAGUUUCCAGCGCGCGAGCACCGUCGCCGAGGAUCAGAACACGCGGGGCUACGCGCUGCCGCCGCCGCGGGAGGAGCCCGAGCCCAGCAUGCCCGGCAGCUGGGCGGAGAGCGACAUCACGAGCGCGGUAGAGAGCGACGUGGGCAACAAGUCGUAUCACCAUGUCAUCCCCGGUCUGAGCAGCCAGAGCGCCGUCAGCAGCGACUACGCCGACGAGAGGCGCAAGAGGAGAAAGGAGGCUGGGUACCGCCGUAACCGCGACCACUGA